AUGGAAAGGUACGAACAAAAUGCCAAGUUGAUACGAGACUUAUUCAACAACGAAGGUACAUUGGAAUCCCCGAUCGAUUUAGACAUUAGUCACAUGAAAAUCAUCGAAUUAGACCCUUUGGAAUGGAUUGGUAUUGAUAUAACGCCAAGGAAACUAAAAAUUACCAAUACAGGAUUCACGGGUAAUAUAAUUUUGUGCGCGAAAUGGCAGCAAGGAGGCCCUUAUCUUUCUAGAGGGCCGUUCGAAGGGAAUUACAUGUUCGCGCAAGUUCAUUUUCAUUGGGGAGAGAACGAGAUGAAAGGCAGCGAGCAUACCGUUGACGGAGCAAGUAUGCCCAUGGAACUUCAUGUUGUGCAUUUCAAGGAAGAAUACGAAACAUUAGAAUCGGCCCUUCGACGACCUAAUGGCGUUACCGUUCUAGUAUAUUUCUGCAAAUUACAGGAUAAACCAAAUGAAUUUAUGGAUGGGAUCGUAAAUAACUUGGCUCUUAUUCGUACAGCACAUUCAUCAGUUCGCAUAACUCCUUUAAAAUUGACGAACAUUUUACGACCUUUCUCGCAAGAUUAUUUUUUAUAUUGGGGCUCGAUAACAACAGCACAUAAUAUACAUAAUAUUUUCUGGAUAAUCUGCAGAGAACCGAUUGGAAUUUCUGCAAAACAAAUUGCAGAAUUUCGCAGUUUAAACGAUGAGAAAGGAAUGUCCAUCUUGUCGAAUAUACGUCCAGUGAAAGGAAAACAGGAGAAAAGUGUUUUUCACGUUUCUCCAUCAGGAUCAAAGUACGCUUCGCUUUUGCCAAUUCCACGAGAUUUGUUAUCAAGUCAAAUCGAAGAAGACGGUGACACUAAUUAA